CAUCAUUAGAGAGAGAGAAAAAAAAGCCGUGAUCUCGAUGUGACAGCUCGCGGUAGUCCACGUCAACACAGGAGAGAGCGAAGCGGCUAUAGACAUGGACUCCUCAUCCCCGGAUCCUUCCCUCUACACGGUGAAGGCUGCUUUUAUACUUGAUAACGAUGGAAACAGACUCGUGUCGAAGUACUAUGACCCGGAGCUUCACCCCUCCAUGAAGGAGCAGAAGAACUUUGAGGCCAAAGUCUUCAACAAAACGCACAAAGCAGACAAUGAGAUAGCUUUCCUGGAGGGGAUGACCAUCGUCUAUAAGAGCAGCAUAGAUCUGUUCUUCUACGUGGUGGGAAGUGCUCAAGAAAACGAGCUCAUGCUGAUGGCUGUACUCAACUGUCUGUUUGACUCUCUCAGUCACAUCCUCAGGAAAAACGUGGAGCGGAAGUGUUUACUGGACAACAUGGACGGAGUCUUCCUGGUGUUUGACGAAAUCAUUGAUGGAGGGGUGAUUCUGGAGAGUGACCCACAGCAGGUCCUUCAGAAGGUCAACUACAGGGCGGAUGAAAACCCAUUAACAGAACAAAGUGUGACCCAGCAGCUAACAGAGAAACUGGCUCUGACCUCUAAUGUUCUGCAGUCGGCCAAGGAACAGAUCAAAUGGUCCAUCUUGAAAUGAGUUGUCAGGGGAAAAGGCUGGGUUGUCUGAAGAUCUGGAGAAAACGGUUUCAUGUCCCUGAGCGACUUUAACUCAGAGGGAAGGUGGUCACAUGACUGUCGGCUGCCUUAGAAAGCAACUAACCAGCCAGUUUGAGGGAUUUUCUGUGUGGCAGCCUUUAGUUAGGACGUGUGUUGAAUGUGUUUAUUUGGGAGAUUAAAUUCAGUUAACACGUCAUUUAAUGGGUCAAACUGUGUCAAAGGGAUGUAGAGAUUAUUUUAGCUUAUGGAAGGAGGGUCUGUCCUGUCUCACCCAAACUUUCCCCUCUGCUACCAAAAGUUGUGCAUCCAAAUCAUUUAGACUGGAUCCUGUGAUCAUCAGAACUGUCACAUGACCAGCUCGGUCUGAUUCUGCUCAGUUAGAAGAAUAUAAACACAUGGAUUGUUUCUCUGUCUCCGUCGUCAGUCACAUGAUCUAUAAAGUUUAUUUGAAUGUGAGAAAUAUGUUUUUAUGUUUGCAGUACAUGUAGCAUGAGAUGAAGGAGGGGAAGGGGUUGUGUAGAAAAGGGUUUAUAAGGUCAAUAAAAAUGUAAAUAAAGAUUUAGUUGCUGCAGUUACAGAAGAAAGGUCUAUUUUACAACAAGAAUUGGAGAAAUUACUACACUAAAUAUUUAUUAGGUAUAAACAAAAUGUAAAAAAAGACAUUUAUUUUAUACAUAUUUGGAUGUUUAAACAAAGUGACGUUUAAUCUCUGCUGUUUGUGAGAUUGAUAAUAAAAUGUAUUUUUUGGCUUA